AUGGACAAACCAUUCUCUCGCGACUACCAGCCGGUUUCCAGAAUGGAUUCCGACGGCGACAACGAUGCGCCAACACCAAGCAGACUCCAACGCCGAACCUUCCAGUCCUUUCUCAAGCGCAACCUCGCCGCAAUCACCAUAGCUGGGCUCCUUCUCGUCUUGGCCCUCAUGGUCCUCGCAAUAAUCGCAGCAAUAGCAGUCGAACCAUUCCGCGUUCUCGUCCUGAAAGGCUCCUCAUCCGCAGACCCAGCAGACCUACAUGGAAAACGCCAGUGUCUCCCAACAACAACUCGCACAACAUACACAUGCGGAAACUCAACCGCGGAAGCUCAAGCCCUUGGAUGUGACUAUGACCCUCUUGCCGGCUGCUGGCUCCACGAGAAGUGUUCGCAUGACUUUACACAUGAGUUUGCGCAUUUCAAUGACGGCAAGCCCUUUGUCUAUUACUAUGAUGAAGCUGCUACUCGCCAGAUGAAGGAUUACGAUGAAGUCGGUCGGAACCCUGAUUUCUAUUGGACUUCUAUCCGUGAGCAUCUAGUUCACUGCCUCUAUCUUCUUCGGCGAGGUCACGACGUCCACAUGCGGGGUGAUCGUCUGGAUACCAUGCUUGGGGAUCUUGAGCAUGUUGACCAUUGUACUGACAUGUUGGCUAAUUGGUUGCGGAGACCUGAUCCUGUGGCCGAGAGUAUUGGCACGCAGGGGCAGACUCAUUGCUUCAUGUCUUGUAGCUAA